CAUUAACGUCAGUCACGGACCGGUGCGAACCCCCUGUCCAGGUAUAUAACGGCACGGUAUUGACACUGGGAGUACAAAUAUUUGUUUAACAAUAUACUCGAGUGUUUAAGAUUCGUCACAGAGAUAAUGUACAGUACUUAUAUCCAAUUUUGUCAGCGAUAACAACAUAAAAGCCUUUUUAAAUAAUAUUUGGAAUCGACUAAUCAUAAAGAAAAAUAAUAAGUACUCUUCGAAAAAUGGACCUUCCGAUCCACUGUGGGUGUACCUGGGAGAGCUCGUUAUAUCUGCGAGAGUGCACAGUGAGAAUGUACGUCUAGAUCUACUGCUGAUAAGUCAGUUUACACUGCCUGUGCAUGGCUUAACCCCCGGAAUCCCUGCAGCCGAUUCUACCAGGAUCCGCCGACUGUUCGGGCAUUGAAAGUAAAAUCACGUGCACACUUUCUACAGUGUAAUUUUAUCUAUCACUCAAUCUGUCUCAAGAUUGAACUUAUUAUUUCUUAAAAAAAAUGUGUGACUUGCUUAAAAGUGAAUUCGCGUGGAAAAACUGUGGAUUUUCUCACAGAAAUAGGAAAUCUUUUUACACUUGUCAAUGGCAGUGGCCUCCCUGGUUGUUUCUUCUGUUUCGGCUUGUUGUCCUUGGCUACUUGGUUGGGGCCUUCAUACCUGUCAUUGUACCUAAAGACACCAACGCCAAACAUAGUCUACUCGUCUACCUCACUAUCUGGACUUAUCUUGUCCUCAUCGCACAUAACCUCGUCGCCACGAUAGUCGCAUUAUUUUAUCAUUGUAUGCAAGAGCGUGACGAAGAGGAUUUAUCAGCCAGUGUUUCAUCUCAUCGGUAUCAUGUCAGUGGAGACAGAAAUUCCUCAUACAGUUCCUUUAAAGACAAUACCUUCCAGACUGAUGCCGAAACUGCGUCAUAUACAAUAACUAAGGGUUCAAAAGACCCAGAUGCAAAGUAUCAGGCUGUCAUCAAUACAGACAAAACAGGUAUGUCUCUCAAAGACCAAUCAAAUGGGCGCAUGGCUUCGGACUCUGAAACUCGGUCAGUGACAACAAUUACUCAAAUGAUGUAUGAUGAAACAGAAGACAACCUGUCUUGUUUGAUGAAAUUCUCCUGGUUCUUGUCUGCGCUUGCGCAACACUUUUCAAUAUUUGUGACUUUGUUAUAUUUUUCUGCCGUGUUUCCUUUCCUAAAGGUAAAAUCAGGCCUCGUCAAUGACAUCAAUCUACACGCAGUCAACAGCUUCAUAGUCUUGUUAGACCUGGCGGUGAGCGCGCGACCCGUUCGACUACUGCACGUGCUGUACCCGGUCAUCUACGGCUGUGCGUAUGCUGUAUUCUCCGUCGUGUAUUGGACAUUUGAUAAGGAAUUGAAUGUGUUAUACGCCAUUUUAGACUGGAACAGCCCUGCCUUAACAUUAGGCGUCAUAGCCGGCGCACUACUAAUCGUCGUCCCACUCAUACAAUGUAUGUUGUAUGGAUUAUAUCGGCUUAGACUGAAAGCAUACCGAAUUCGGUACAACCAUUCAUACAAAUGAGAAAAAAGCAGACUUCGACACAAACAUGCAAUCACGUAAGAACAUGUACAGAAUUGUAUAUAUACAGACUUUGAUACAACCAUGCAUACACGUGAGAACAAUGCAAAAUGCGACACAAACAUGUAUACACGUGAGAAAAUACUAAAUUUAUUAUAAGCAGACAUACGGGUAAGAUUUAACACGUUCGUCAGCGUUUGUAAACAUACUGCUGAUAUUCAUGUCAUUUGGUCUUGCCAUUGUUAUGGUAAGAUACACUGAGGACCGGAAACGUUACACAUAUUUACACAUUAACAAAAUUUUUCUGAUACAAUAUACGAUAAAACAACCACUUUCGUUUCAUCAACAUUUGCAGAGUGUAUGUAUACAAUAUAUGAAGAACAGACACAUAUUUACUAUGUAUGUGUGACAAACUAUCAACAUUCGGACGCAAAUCAGCAGCUACUGUCUCUACAACGAUGGCCAAUAGACAUACAUUGCACAAAUAGUUGUUACGUCUUAUGUUGU